UAAUAAUAAUAAUAAUAAUAUUAAACUAAGUUAUUUAAAUAAAGAUGAACAGAAGGAAAAUAAUAUUAGUCACAAUGCUGGAAGUACUUCGGAGAUUGUUGAAACACAAAGUGAGAAUUCACAGCAGCAGAUAUUAUUAAGUAUUGCUCAUAUAGAGCAACCAGAGAAGUUUCAGGCUAAACCAUCAAUUACUAUAGAAGAUCUCACAGAUUUUGCGGGAAGACAAGUACAGACCGAACAAUUAAAAAGACUCAGUCGCAGCAAACUAUCUUUAUUCACAGCUUCUGUGAUGGAUCUAGUUUUCACAGAUGAGGAAAUGGCCAAUUAUAGUAUGACUGGAAUAAUGAGCAAUUUCUCUCGAGGAAAAACUAAACUCCAUGCAGAAGAUGUGAAGGCCAAGCCAGAGCUGAAUCCUCCUGUGAAAAACGCAGUGAUGGAAUACAUUCUAAAGGAAUUUGAUUGUCCUACAGAAGGGCCAUUAAACAAGGCUGCAAUAGCAGAAAUUUUUAAAGCAAUGAAAAGUAAAUUAAAUAAUAAAUCAAAUAUAUGGCGUAACAAAAAUAAACAAAUAUCAAUGGGACCUGCAGUUAUUCAAUAACAGCAAGAUAAAAAAAUGGAAGAUUCUGCAUAAGAGCGUGAC